CCGUUGCUAGGUUCCGCCUCGCGUCCGGACGAGUGACCGCAGCAAAGUUCUAGAUAGAGCCUCGGGGUCGCGCCAGGAUCGAUCCAACCCCGCUCUCUGUGCCUAAGCAUCGCAGGUCGCAGGCUGUCACCUGUCCUUGCCCGAAGUGAGAGGACGGCCCAGAUCCCUGCCCCUCCCCGCGGAAGGGCCCCCCCUGCGCGCCUCCGGUGGCGUCCCGACCCCUGCAGCCAGGCCGUCGUUUGGAGGGCGACGGAAGAGCUUCCCGGCGGGAGAGGGGAAGAGGGAAAGUAGCCGGCCAUGUCCAGCGCAAUGUAUAAUAAGAUGUGGCAUCAGACCCAAGAAGCCCUCAAUUCUUUGCUUGACAAAGAGUCUCAGAAUAUCACGGAACCACGCAGAAGUCAAGUUUUCAUCUUCCAGACGUUGGCCACCUUCUACAUAAAAUACGUGCAGAUCUUCAGAAACCUGGAGAACGCCUAUGACCAGAUCGUCCACCCGCAGAAACGGAUCCUGAUCCGAAAAGUCCUGGAUGGGGUGAUGGGCCGCAUCCUGGAGCUGAAGAACGAGAUGGUCAACCUGGAGUUAACGGAGUUCCACUACUUCGACGACAUCCUGCAGGACCUGAAGCUGGCUCCCGAACAAUUAGACAUUCCCAUACCCAAGUAUUUUUUGAAGGAGAAGCUAGAAAUAAUAAAAGGAAGAGAGAAAAUCCUCGCUCAGAUAUUAGCCGACUCUGGAUUGGACAUGUCUGAACUGAAAUACCCUGGAAAGAGUAUACCCCUAGAAGAGGCUAUAAAAUUAAUCCAGAUCGCAGAGAGGGCACGGCAGGGUCGCCUGAGAGCGAUAUUCAUGAAGCAGAUCUUCCUUCGAGAAUACAGAGCAAAGCAAGCCAGGCUCCUUGGAGAGAAAGGGGCGGAUGUGGGGGCAGCCGCACUGCACAUUCAGAAGGUUUGGCGUGGUUUCUGUCAAAGUAAGAAAACAGAAAAAGAGCGGCAAGAGGAGAUGGUAUUCCUGGGAAUGAAUCCACCUCCUCUGUUCGAUGAAGUCAGUGCCACGAUAAUCCAGGCUGAAAAGGUGACCUGCCUGCGGAACGAGGUGCAGAUAAAGCACGAGGAAGACUACAAAGAAGCCAUGGUUACCAUCAAGGGAGACCUCAAGGUGGUGGAAGGCCCAGACAUGAAGGAGAACCUGCAGGACCAGAUCCGGCACUGGUUCAUCGAGUGCAGGAACCUAACGGGCACCUUUCCCGACUACCCUGAGGUGGAAGAAGGCUGUUCAGCUAUUAUUUUUUUAAAGAAGACCCCACAACAGGUUAUCGGUGAUAUUAUUGCCAGCCAAGAAGAAGAGGAAAAAAGCAAACGGAAGAAAAAGAAGAAAAAGGAAAAGAAAGCCAAAAAAAAGGAAAGGAAAAGAACGAAGGAAAAAAAGAAGGAAGAAGACGAGGGGUGGAAGAUGUCACCAAGUGUUUUCCUUCAUGCGAUAGAGGAAGGAAAUAACAUGUACAAAGACAUGUGGAAGGAUAAAGACGAAUCGUGGAAUUUCCUCCAGGACUAUGACCCGGAACUGAUCAAAGAGGAAAAGCGGAAGGAACUGGAGUCGGAGAUCAGGUUACAGGUCGAUGAGUUGAUGAGACAAGAACUAAAAAACUUAAAACUAGCCGUGAACAGAGAAAAGGAACUUCUGGCCAAGACAGGAAAGAAGAAAGGAGGUAAAAAAGCAAAGAAAAAGAAGAAAGGCAAAAAAGGGAAAAAGGGGAAGGAUAAGGACUUGACGGCCGACAGGACCAUUGAAUCGCUGUAUAAGGAGCUGGUGGAGGAAGGGCUCCUGAUCCAGGCUCUGAAGGUCAACCUCUCUGAUUACAUUGGCGAAUACAGCUACCUGGGGACCACCCUGCGCCACCUCUCCAUAGAACCGAUGCCGUCCCUCCUGGAUGUCAGACAGCUCAUCGCCCUCUACGGGGUCUUGCCACUAGGUUCUGCGGCCGUGCAUGAAAACGCACCUCUGGUGAAGUCCUUGCUGCUGGCCGGCCCGUCGGGGGUCGGGAAGAAGAUGCUGGUCCACGCCAUCUGCACCGAAACGGGAGCCAACCUCUUCAACCUGUCUGCGGCUAACAUCGCCGGGAAGUACCCCGGCAAAAGUGGCCUCCAAAUGAUGCUGCACGUGGUCCUCAAGGUGGCCCGGCAGCUCCAGCCGUCCGUGGUGUGGAUCGGAGACACGGAGAAAACCUUCUACAAAAAGGUCCCCAACGCCGAGCGCACGAUGGAACCUAAACGCCUAAAAAAACAGCUUCCAAAAAUUCUGAAGCUCCUGAAACCCAACGACAGGAUUCUGAUCGUGGGGACCACACGCCGUCCUUUCGAUGCCGAACUCCAAUCUUUUUGCAGAGUUUACCAAAAAAUCAUCUUGGUUCCCAGGCCAGACUACGCUUCCAGAUACGUUCUGUGGAAGCAGAUCAUUCAGCGCCACGGAGGAGUCGUGACCAACGCCCUGAACGUCAGUUGCCUGGCCAAGGUCACCGACGGCUUCACCCAGGGACACAUCGUCCAGGUGGUGAAAGGCGUGCUCACCGAGCGCAGGGUCCGAGCGCAGACUCACAAGCCGCUGGUCGCCCUCGAGUUUAUCCCGGCCCUCAGCAGCAUGAGCCCGGUGUACCAGGAGGAGGAGGAGACGUUCAAGGACUGGUACGCCAAAACCCCUAUGGGUAAAAAGCGCGCCUUGGCCCUCAAGGGGGAGAACUCAGGAAAGGCAAAGGAUAAAGGGAAGAAGAAGGGGAAGGAAGGGAAGAAGGAGAAAAAGAAAAAGUAAAGCCUUUGUCAGGAGCCAUCCUCGAGCCGGUCUCGGGAUGGAGAUGGUCCAGGUCUCCAUCGCCCGUCUGAAGAAGAUGCAGCCUGGUGCCGUGAGCCCCUCAGCCUCCGAAUCCUCUGUUAGACCUUCGCUGGGCCGCACACCGAGGUGGUCGUCCCCAGCGACUGCUUCUAGAGCGUGUAAUUGUUUCUGACUCUCCGUGAAGUUGGUACACUCUUCACACACUCCGUGAUCUUUUCAAGUUGGAUACUUCAUCUCACUGGUACCAGCUGCCAAAUUUGAAAUUGGACAGUUAGAAAAUACUCCGAUUAGACAACUAGUAAGUGACGGAGUCUAUCACCAGCGCACUAGCCUUUCGUGAACCCAUAUCUACUAUAUAUUACCUUGCACACAUU